AUGGCCAAAAUCUGCAUACCGUUGGUGUUCUUACUGUGGGACAUUGCCUUAACGCUGGCAAUGCGGGGAUACGUGCUGACAGGACCAAAGAGUCUUCUCUCCAACAGUGUCGAAACUUUUUGCGUUUCUAUUGAAGGCAGCUAUACGAUAGCCAAUUGCACUUUGGAUCUAAUGGCAAGAGAGGGUGAUGAGGUAUAUGCAUCGUCCAGUCGCCGUAUUAAAGAUCCAAAAGAUUGCAUCAAACUGCUGGUGCCCGUUACUGGCGAAUCGAUUGCUCGCUUGCGCUGGCGAAUGCGGUUUGAAAAUUUAGCCAAUUACACGGUCGACAGCAUGAAAGAAGUGGCACUAAGGCAACCCGAGACCAUCCACUUGAUUCAAACUGAUAAGGCUUGGUAUACUCCAGGCCAGCUGGUCCGCUUCAGGAUUCUUAGUCUGAAUCACAUCCUGUUUCCUAUACUAGACCUGGUUAAGCGUGUUUGGGUAGAAGAUCCAACUGGGGCAACUAUAGUCCAAUGGACGAAUUUGACCACGGCUCACGGCAUCCAUCAGUUAGAACUGCAACUGUCUGUCGAGCCUGUUCAAGGUGUAUGGAAAAUUCAAAUGGAAAGAGAAUCACACGAAAGAGGUGUUCAGUAUUUCGAAGUGCGCGAAUACGUCUUACCGAAAUUCGAAGUCAACAUCAAUGCGCCAUCGUUCAUCGCCUAUAACACGGAAAGAGAUCAAUCUGUUCAGAAAAUUCAGAUCUCCAUCUGCGCAAAGUACAGCUACGGUCAACCAGUGCGUGGCAACGUAAGAGCCAACAUUAAAGUGAAAUCCGAUUCUCGGUAUUCCCACCGACGUUAUUUUAUGACACCAAUGCCAGUCAUCGACUUCGAUAGGACUGGUGCCUUGAACGGGGACACUGGUUGCUACAUCCUCAAACUGCCAGGCGAUCAAAUUGGUAUUUCCACUUAUAGCGGAUCCAUCCAAAAGAGUCUUCAAGUCUUAGCUGUUGUAACCGAACAGGGUACUGGGAUCGAAAUGAACAGUACUUGGAGCACAGAAAUUCAACGUCAGACAAUGUCCAUCGACAUCGCGACUUGGAGCAGCAGCACCUUUAAAAGCGGUUUGCCUUACUACGGGAAAGUCAAAGUGACCACGGCUGAUAAUCAGCCAGCUGUGGGUACCGCCGUCGAAAUUUGCGCCAACCCUACGAUCGUUCGUGACGAAAAUGAGUACGACAAAAAAGAGAAAAAUCAGCAAAAGCCCAAUGGAAAGCGCCCAAGCGUCAGCGAUGCUCCAAAGUACUGCUCUCUCCGUGAAGCUGAUGCAAACGGAUUUGUCAGUUUUGAACUGCUACCUAGUGAGCCGGACAUAACUGAAUAUAAUAUCAAAGCUACGGUACCUUCUCCGAGGAGGAGCCGCCGUGCCAUAGGUCCUCAACUAGAUGUCAUUACCGAGGCCCAAUUGAAUAUUCGCAGUCUGUACUCACCCAGUAAAAACUUUAUGGUCUUUGUGCCGCCUCCAAAUUAUCCGAAAGCUGUUGCUUGUCUCUCCGUCCUUCCGAUCAAGCUCUAUUUCACUGCAGAUAAGGACAUCAACUUUAAUGUUCACUACGUGGUAAUGGCGAGGGGCGACGUGAUGCAUACAGGUGUGAAACAAGUCAAAUUCCGCGAAGAAGACAACAUCGAUUUGAGUUUGGGAGAAACGCUGCUCAACAAACGUGACAACGGUGGAUCAGAGUUGGAUUCAGACGUGGAAGCUUCCUUGAAACCCGUCGGAGAUUUGGAAUUUGAAAUUGAAAUCCUUCCGGAAUUCGCACCUAAAAUAUCUUUACUGGCCUAUUAUGUGCGCGAUGACAGGGAAAUGGUCACAGCUCACAUCGAUAUACCCAUCGAGAACUGCUUCCCAAAUCCAGUGAAAUUGUCUUGGUCAUCAACGAGAAAGCAGCCCGGUCAGAAUAUUACCAUGAAUUUAAAAGGUACAGCCGGGUCGAUUUGCGGUUAUUCCGUGGUCGAUCGCAGCGUCACCUAUGCAAGGCCGGAUUUGCAGCUGUCCGAGUCCAAAAUCUACAAUCGAUUACCUGAUCUUCACAUCCCGGCUGGUAGUAGCCCUCAGCAAGUCACACCGGACUGGAAAUAUUGCGAAAAAAAAAAUGGGGAAUCGGACUUUGACGAUCUUCGACGUCGAAAACGAUCGUAUUUCAUAGGGCAUUUCAGCGCGCAGUUCAAAGAUGCCAUGGAAGCCUUCGACAAUGCUGGAAUUCUUGUCAUGUCGGAUUUGAAUAUUGAAACUAGACCAUGUAGGGAAGUAUCGAGAAUUUUCCCUAUGUAUCUCAUGCGGCGCGGAGGAAUGGACCCAAGAUUUAAAAGCGCACGGGUGAGUGCAGAAUCCAUGCCAGCCGAGUCCAGGACAUUUUUUAGUGCGACGGAAGAUGUGAAUUCGUAUGACAGCGUGGUCGACUUGCAAUCGGCUGUUAGUGUCCGUUCCUACUUUCCCGAGACCUGGCUUUGGGAUUUGGUUACUCUUAAUUCCAAAGGAGAAUUUGGCAAAGCAGUCACCCUUCCUCACACGAUCACCACAUGGGUGGGACGGGCACUGUGUGUCUCAGAGUCGCACGGUUUCGGCAUGACCGCGGCCGUAGAUAUCGAAGCCUUCCAACCCUUUUUUGUUGAGGUCCACUUGCCGUACUCGGUGAAAAGGACUGAGAAACUGCAGCUCAAAAUCUCCGUAUUUAACUACGCACCUCAUUCGCUGCCUAUUCGACUGACGCUGGCCUAUUCGGAGCAAUUCGAAUUGAUAAGCGACUCCGAUUCGACGUUGUUGUGUGUUCCAGCCAGAAACAAUGUCGUCCAUCAUUUUGUUAUCCACGCCAUCGAGAUCGGCAAGCACAACGUUUCUGUAUCUGCCACGAUUGACGACAAUUUUCCAGGGGAAUGCGGACCAGAAAUUCUACCGAGUGCCAGCGAUAACGUGAUUAAGGAAUUGCUGGUAAUACCAGAGGGUUUCCCCGUUGAACGAAUUUAUUCUCACAUGGCUUGCCCCAAAGAUUUUGACGAGGAUAAGGCCCUCAUCUGGGAUCUGUCUUUACCCGAAGACCUGGUUGAAGGAUCGGCUAGGGCUUGGGUCACUGCCGUUGGUGAUCUUAUGGGACCUGCAUUACAAGGUUUGUCGGGUCUCGUUCGUUUUCCAACGGGAUGUGGCGAACAAAACAUGAUCCUUUUCACUCCGAAUAUUUACGUCACCCAGUAUUUGGAGGCUACCAAUCAACUGGAGCCUGCAUUUAAAGCUAAAGCCGUGAAUUUCAUGAAAAGCGGCUACCAACGGGAAUUAACAUACCGACAUCAUGAUGGCUCUUAUUCGGCUUUUGGUAAAAACGAUCCACAAGGCUCUUUAUGGCUGACUGCUUUCGUUGUCAAAUCGUUUGCUGCCUCACGCCGUUACAUUCACAUCGAUGACAAUGAACUUCAAACGUCCGUCAGGUGGCUCCAGUCGAAGCAGUUGGAAAACGGAUGUUUUCCAGUUGUUGGCACUGUUCUUCAUGCCGAUUUGAAGGGCGGAUUGGCGGAAAGUGAAGAAAAUUUAGCUCCAUUGACAGCCUUCACAUUAAUAUCACUCUUGGAAAUGCACUCCGAGGACAGCAAAACGACGGAAAGAAAAAAGACGAUGUUGACUGUCAAAAAGUUAUUGGACAAUACAUUACCUUGUCUGGAAUCCGAAGAGUCUGAGAUGACCGAUGUCUACACCAGAGCGUUAACCGCCUACGCCUUAACAUUGGCAGAUCGGUCUGAAUCCGCUCGACGUCACAUCGACUGGCUAAUGGCUCACGCGCAAAACAACAAUUCGCUACUUUGGUGGCAAAAGUCUGGAAGUGGCCCUGCCCUGAAUGUUGAGAUGACAUCGUACGUCUUGCUAAGCUUGGUGAAACUUGGCACUAACCAAGACUUAUUGCAGGCCCGCUCCAUCGUCCGUUGGCUGUCCAAGCAGCGCAAUAGCGAAGGAGGAUUUGUUUCAACUCAAGACACAGUUGUCGCCCUACAGGCUAUCGCGGCAUACGCUUCGGUUAUCGGGGCGCAAUCAGUUGAUAUGGAGAUACUCGUCACUGCUGGCGUUUACGAAAAUUAUGUCCGCAUUCGUGAACUUGAUCGUCUCGUGCAGCGCCGAAUCGAUCUUCCAUCGCCAUUGGCGACAGAAGUUCACAUUGACACUGUCGGUGAGGGUAGCGGUUGUGCGGUUCUCCAGGCUACGCUUCGCUACAACGUUCGAACGGCACCACCAGCCGCAUUGUUUCACCUGAACGUGAGCACAGCGCAGGAGACUGGUGGAGGAGGAGAGAAAUGUCGGCACCAGUUGGUCGUUUGCAGCCGAUAUCUCGGAUCUAAAAAUCAAGAAUCGAACAUGGCGCUGAUCGAGAUCGGAUUUGUUUCCGGCUAUGAAGUUGAUAAAGUGUCGCUCAAUAAAAACACACUGCCUGGAGUGAAGCGUCACGACGUUACGGGAGAUACGGUGGUUCUCUAUUUCGACCAAAUUACUUCGCAGACAGAUGUGUGCGUUUCGCUAGUCGCUCAACACGUCUACCAGGUCGACGAUGCCAAGGAGGCCAACGUCAAGAUUUAUGAUUAUUAUCAACCUGAACAUAGCAAAAUCGUCUCCUACAAUUUACCGAACGGAUGUUCUUUGUCGGAAGUAAAGCCAAUGGUAGCAGUGCCUUUGGCAGACGCUAUGACACUCUCAUUGCCUCGCCCGCUACUUGUGUCUAGAAAGGGAGUCCAGACAGAUGACACAUUAUCGGCAGCCGAUACUGUCAUCGUUGAACCAAUACCAACGAAAGAGGUUGUAAACGAGCCUCGAGGUUUGUUAGGCCAUUCCACUGUGGACGGUAUGAGAAACAAUAGCCGCAUUGCGCGAAUGAAUGACGCCGAAGACGUAGAUGUCGGGAAAAGCCCAAGACGCGCCAAUUUUGAUCUGGAUGUUUCAGAUAGAGGUGAAGGGCCUGUUCCAGUCUUCUCGCCCCCAGGUCACCUACGAGGUUGUCCGCGUUGCGCCCUAGGCUUACCUGGAGAUUUUCCAUCGUUGUACUGCCAGUCGAAAACUGUUUAUUUAGCUGAAACCCGACCAUCGCGUGGUCAGCGGCUAAGACUAGUUAACGAUAUUUCAUCGCAGCACCUGAAACCAGUGAAAAUGAAUUCAUCGAUCGAUUUGCUGCUCGAGCCUAAUUGCGAAUGCCACUUUUUCAAACCAGACGCUACCAAUCGCAGUGUCGUCGUACUCGGUCUCCCGGUCACAUCGCUUCCUUCUUCUCCCGCCAAAUUGGCGGUCGGACUAGAACUAUUGAUUAUCGAUUCAAAUCCAAAGCAGAUAAAUAUCAAGUCGAUUCGCAGCAAAUGCGGUCGAAUGGGGCCAUAAUAUCUAACAAAUGGUUUGCUUUAUUUUGUCACAUUACUGCAUUUAAUACAUUUGCGUUGCAACCGUUCAAUUAGCUGUAGCCUGUCCAGUUCGCGUCCUUCAAAAUUAUUUUUCACCUAUUCACCCAAUGAUAUAUCAUGUGCUGAAUUCUGUAUGUGUAUUCGUUUCUUCACCGCUGUCCAGCGUAAUGAUGGUAGCCCUUCAUUCAUUGUACCGUUAUUUAGUUCAAUAAACUAGGAAAUAGAAUUGA